UCAGCACGUGAGAGGCGGGAGAUGAAUAUGUUGGUGAAUUCGGAUGUAGAUCUGGAGGUGAAUGAAGGAGGUGAAUGCAGGAGGAGCCUGAGGUGCUCCAGAGCGCUAAUCAGCAUAUAUCUUCUUCACGCCACUCCGGAUUCUUCUUCUUCUUCUUCUUCAGCACUCCACCAAACAUCGCGCACCAUCUCCAGCGCCAAAGCAAGCUUCUUCAACUUCAACGGCUGUGAUCGCUCCGAGCAAGCAACACCCAUACCUCCACCUUCAUCUUGCGAACGGCUCCCACACUCGACAACCACUCAGACACUUCUAUAGCGAUACGAACCACAUCUUCCGCUACGAUGGCGACUCUGGACAGACUACCGGCUGAGGUGAUUGACGAGAUUACUCAGUCGGUCUCAUUUGGCGACACAUGCUCGUUGCGCCUUACAAAUCGGAAUCUGGAGGAGAAGGCAACUAGUAGCGCUUUCAAAGCCAGGUUCGAAGAGAAGAACGUGGAGAUGACCGAAUCUGGGCUCCGUCAGUUCGCCCAGGUCGUCGAGCACGGUAGCUUGUCGCAUCGCUUAAAGCAUCUUACGCUCGUUGCGCCAUUCUACCAGACCAACGCCCUCUCCGAUGAAAUCGACGAUGGAGAAAUUCGCACGCCCAGUCAGCUGCAAGUCCUCGGGCCGAAUGACAUGCUGGAAAUUGUUGUCGCGCGAAUGUCCAGUACGGACAAGGGGAGAAUGGAGUCCGAUUUGGAGGAACUUUACGAGCACGAGGAGGAAUUGCAGAUUCUGCAGAAGAACAACCUGGACCUGGCCUUGCUUGGGCAGGCUUUCUCAAGCCUCGGCAAGUAUGGCAUCACACUCGACACAGUCGUGGCGGAGCUGGUUCUGUACCAGGAGGACAGCGCCACGUCGAUGCUUCCCCUAUACAGUCCUAGCGAGGAAAUUGCCUGGGCUGCAGCUGCCCAUCAUGCGAAGCUAAUCCUCGGCCUCCUCACAGACGGUGUCCUUAACGUCAAACACCUGAAUCUGUUCAACAGUAGUCGUAUGGUGGGAACCAGCCUCGCUGUUUGCGACCUUGGCACCAUUAACUUCAACUCUUCGCGCUCGGCGGUCCGGAAACUCGAAUCUCUUUCGCUGAGUCUGUCCGAGGAGGAGCAACAUUUGAUCACUACGCAAGAAGACAGAUACGGCAGAGCCUGCUUCAGGGGCUUUGCGCAGAUGUUGCAGAGCUGCGAGAAUCUCCGAGAGCUCGACAUCGCCGACUAUUGUGUGGAGUGUGUCGAGGACAUUGCGGAGCGCGGACCGAAGCAAUCGCGUGGAAUUCUUCAUGCGCUGAAUCAAGCAGAACUCCCGAAACUGCAGGAUCUCACACUUCAAGGCUUCUACCUAGACCACAAUCAGCUGGAAGCUGUGCUUCACCGCCGCCGGACAGUCAGGAAGCUCACACUUCGGUGCAUUUGCCUCGUGCAGGGUAAUCUCGGAGAAGCACUGGAUUACUUCGCGCAAGAGACGGGGCUUGAGGAGAUUCAUCUCGACAGUAUGUUCAGUCCUGGGCGAGUGCAAUUCGAGGGUCCUUGGGUCGACGACCGGGUUAAGGACAAUCCCAUCCGCAAGGGCUACGAUGGUCUUCAAGCACACUGGCAACGAGGAGGUUGCGAUGGUACGGUUCAGUACAAGGUGUUCCCCAACAACGACCCGCCGCCGCACAAUGCCGCCGCACGUGACUGGUUUCAGGAUCUGGAGAAUUGGUAUGGGCCACCUGAGCGGCUGUGCUCCCGUGCUCGGCACCUACUGCAACCGGAAGAGAUGUGGCGGGCGGAAGACUUUUGA